AUGAGCGACUGCCGCAUCCUCUUGCUUCCCACUCCAUCUUAUUCAAAGUCACUGUAUACGGAUAUGGAUGUGGAGACAUGGCAAAAUGACUACGAAGUGGACUGUCACGGGGAUAUACCAGUGACAUUCAGCAUUUGUCUCGAAAGCUCUAAGGUAAAGGAGUCGAUGGAGUUCAACGCGCAAAGUUUUAGUAUCGGUGCGCAAUACGUUCAUAACGCCAAAGAGAUGGAAACAAUCCUGGCCCCAACAAGUGUGGCGUUGCACUUCACGCUAGAACAAGACUCCGUAGACUCUUUGACGUGCCACCAGAGCGUUAUGGUGCACAUGCCAGAUGUCUUAGUGUCUGGAUCAGACCUGAGUUUGUCGCUGUUGGCGUCUUGUGCUGAAGCACUUGGUAACGUACAGACCACCACGCCGGACCAAGCCCGACUCCGCCUACUGAGUCGUAUGAAGCAAAACGAAAUUCGACGCCAGGCUGAAAUCGAUGUGGUUCUCGACCGCUUGCACCGUCUUUUCGACGAAAUUGACGAAAACGGGAAUGGCCGUAUUGAGCUAGGCGAGCUUCUUCUAUUAUUGCGCCGCGUCAAGAUUGGUGAUACGUUGCUUGAGAGCGAGUUAGAGUAUCUGGUUCGUGCACUCUUCAAAGAAAUCGAUCAGGACGGCGACGGGUUUCUGGAAUUCCAAGAGCUACGAGCAUACUUGCGUGAUGACCUGUUGUCCGAUAACUCGGUGGCAGCUUCGGGUGCACCGUCGGGGAAUGGCAGCAAUGCUCUCAGUGGCUUUCUUAAUUUGCGCGGAAGCGAGUACCAUUCGUUCGAAGUGAUCAACAAGAUGUGCGAGACGAAGAUUGCGUUUUCUGAACAACUCGCAGAGUGGAUUCAGCGUCCUGUGUUUGUCGAACGGUUUUGGGAGCUGUUUGAGAGCGAAGCUCACCUUACGAAACGCUCCCUGUGUGAUCAGGAUCCGCUGGAUGUGCAAAAGAAGUUAGUACGUUUGCUGAAGAACUACGAUGCCGCAAAUCUCAUCUGGGAUGCUUUGGUUCUGCCUGUGUUGGAAGAUCUUUGUACGGACCACGCCUUUUGCGAGUGGCUACUGCAACCAUUCACACAUUGCGGAGGUCUCAGCGAGUACCAGAGUGCGGCGAAAGUUAUCGCAAAAAAGAAACGCGGUAUUUUUAGUGCAGCCAUGAAUGAAGCAGAACAUUUGGUUAGCAAGCUUACACAGAGCGCCAACCCGGUGAAGAAGGAGUUGCGGCUUACGACGGACGUACGAAUGGGGAACCUGCGGCUCGUUCUAACGGACACAGAGUUGCCCACUCGUUUCUGUCGUGGUGAUUUCGUCAUCAAAGAUGUGAAAUUGUCAGUGAGGUUGACUGGCAAAGAGAUCGAUGAAAUUGGUCCCGUAGAUUGGUGGGAGCUGGUUGUAGGCCUGUCUUCUAGCGAUGGCGAGAAUGGGUUUUCAGUGUUAAUGGAGGCUGCAAAACGAUUUCAAAUCAACGUGACCCCGAGCGUUCUAAGAACCUAUCGUGCUCUGAUGGAUGCCAUUGACGGAGAAGUCCAACAGAACGGUCUACAAACGCACCAGAACAGCUUCCGUAACUCAAUGACUGCAAAGAAAUGCAAAGAAACUGAUUGCCUGGUUGAAAAUUUCACUGGGUGUACGAUUGUGCUAAAAUUGAGCGGCAGUGACGAGACGAUCACGAUCAAAACGCAUGAUCGCGCUUACAUCGAGAAUGGUGUUUUGAAGGAUGGAGAAGCAACACUGGACCUACUCGAAAUUGACCAGUGGGGCACGAGCAACACCUCGGUGAAGCUACCCCACUUUGGCAGCGUAAAUAUUGGCGUGAGCACCGCAGAAGCCUUACAAGCUACACUGUUCGUCACAUUAUUUUCACGAUUGGAAAACCCGAGGCGACAGCAUAUCGUUCUGCGAUCAAACGCGUUCUUCUGCAACCAUAGCUCUGAAUGUUACGAAGUGAAGUACUUGAGUUUAGGGUGUGAAGGCCGAAAGGCAGUGGAAUCUCAAGUAGUCAAGUUACGACCUAAUGAGCGCAUGUCAUUGCCACUCUCGCUUUUGAUGGGGAUUACAGAGUUUUACGCGCGUCCUGAAAGCCAUGAACACUGGAUCGUCAAGACUUCCCUAAACAACGAUGUGUUGACGUCCGAGGAGGCAAUCAGAGAGCUUGACGAGCACGAAGCAGAGCGCAAAGGAAAGACGAAACAGCACCGAGGCGGUACCAUCGUGUAUGGUGAUACUGAGGAAACUUGCACAAAGAUGAUUCGGCGACUGACCUCGAAUGUGAUCGUGCGUCGUUGGUACCUGCGUUCGCAUUUCGAAUGGGAAAUCGCGCUGCUUCCUCCAUUUGUUGUUCGUAACUCGCUUCCUUAUGAGAUGGAAUUUCGGUUUAUCGAGUACAAGUCGAGUUCAUUGAGAGACAUGAAGACCGAAUUCGCGAAAGUGGAUAAUCUCCUGCGUCGCGAGGGUGCAGUCGAACCGUCUACUGGAGUGCUGAGCGGCGUGGUGGAUUCAGGCCACGACAUGGAGGUGUCCGGAGUUAGCGGAGGGCAUCCUGGGUACCUGUCGAUUCGGCUCGUGGCCAAGAAGCGUAGUACAGACAAGCAGGUGGUGUCACCGUGGUCAAAACCGCUUUUAAUGAUGAUUCAUAAAGGAGUCGAGCAGUUUACGACGUCACGAGAAAGUAUCGAAGUCGAUGUCGGUGUCAAGUUCAAUAUCGAUCGAAUCACUCUUCCUGGCUACCCUCGACUCGUGCGAUUUUCGAGCCCGUAUUGGAUUGUAAAUAACUCGUCACUUGCGUUCGACUACGCGUCGACUGAGCCUGGCGCGAAGCACACAUCGCUCAAGUCCAUGGAUGUUUGUGCAUCGUUCAGAUACCCUAUCAUGACAUCAUUACCUCAUGAUCGUCUGAGUUUGAAACCGGUUGGGAACCUAAACCGCCGGCCCAAGGCAUGGGUUGAAUUUGGUAGUAUGCCGGAGACCGCGUAUAAAACAUCUGUGAUAUCGGAGCACGCAGUCGAGAGUGCGCGAUGGUCAAAACCUAUGAACACGACCGCGAUCAACACCAUGGGCGAGAUCGUGUGCGGCCCGAGCGUUUUCGGCGUGAAAAUGGAAGGUUUAUACGGUCUUUUCGAGCCCGGCGUUUCGCUAACGUUAAGCCCCCGAUAUUUUGUCCAAAACUGUCUGAGCCAGAAGUUGUACAUGCAGAGCUUUGCCUCGCACGAUACUGACCCUCAAAAAGUGAACGAAUUGUUCCACAAGCGAAGUGUUGAUGUCGUGAAGCAGCUACACAUGACACUGGAGGACGGUCAAACUACACCAUUGUACCACUUCGAGGCGUUGAAGAAGCACGAGUCUGCAGAACAGAGCGAGCGCUAUGUUUCGUUCUCAUUUUCGGAAGAAUGGAGCAACGACGCCGACAAGAAGAAUUGGUCAUUUGCGAUUCCGAUUAACACGGCUGGAGACGUGUAUCUACAAGUCUACUCAUCUGUGCGUCAGCGUUAUUUGAUCUGUCAGGCCAGUGUGCAAGUGGUGGAUAUGUACGUGUAUGUUAUUCUGACGGAUGUGUCGUGCGCGCCGCCAUACCGCAUUGAAAAUUACACUCCAUUUACGGUGACAUACGCUCAGUUGGGGGAGUCGUCUAUCUUCAAAAGCGGGCAAAAGGAAGCGGCUGCCACCGUUGUGUCUGGUGCGUGGCACGCUUUCGCCUGGUUCAAUCCACUGUCAAAGGAACGCCACAUCGAACUUCGUCUUUCACAUCAGGAUGCUCCGAAAGCGCAGAAGAAAAAUUAUGAUAUUGACUAUGUUGGCCACCUGGACCCUAUCACCAUGUGGGUGUCCAAAGACGGAGAGAAACAGCACGCGGUCGAGUUGACUGUUCAAGUUGUCGUUGAAGAAAGCACGCGUGUACUCAAGAUUGCUGAGAAAGAGCUGGAGCUAAGUCUGCUGGAAAAUCAAGAUUCGAAAGGAGAGGAAAAUCUACGGCACCGGCGGAUACUCUUCGCAUCUUCGUUUGAUAUUGCAUUUGAUGGUUUUGGUUUCUCCUUGCUGGAUGGCUUCCCACAGGAAGUGUUUUUCGCUUCAGUGGACGUAAUCAAAGUGCAGAAAUCUCCCUCCUCGCUAGAAUGGACCUUUUCAGUACUGCAUUGCCAAACAGACAACAUGUUGACGACUGCAAAGUUUCCGGUAAUUAUGAACCCGGUAAAUGCUGGGUAUAGUGGCAGGUCUGUCGGAAAGGAACCUGAGCCAUUACUAACGCUGAUCAUCGAUGCUGAUCUGGAAGCUCGUGUGGGAACGUACAAGCUUCUUGAGUUCAGCUUAGGUGACUUGGCCGUCAAGGUCGAUAUCGAUUACUUCGCGAGCCUUGUGAAGUUACUUGAGCCAUACUUGGUCUCAGAUGCGACAAUUGCGCACCGCUCGAGACUUACGCUAGAGGGCACGCUUGACCGUCGUGCACCACCCAUGCCUGUGAUGCUGUCGAGUGCUGAUGGCGGCGUACGAACGGAUUUAGUGUACUUCGACGUCUUGCGCAUUUCGUCAUUGUCAGUCGAAUUAGAGUAUUCGAUUACGCGCAAAGACAUCGUGUCGUCCACAGGUGGCGGUCACUCGAUUAUCUUCGGCUUUUUGAGCCAAAUCAUUGGCCUCGUCGGAUCCAACUUGAGCGGUUCGCCUACGUUCAAUUUCAGUGAGAUAAUGAUUGUGCGUUGUUUUUCGACGAAGGAGAGACUACGAAGUCAGCUGGUCGCAAACUAUGUACAACAGGGCGUGAUGCAAGCGUACCGUCUCGUUGGAAGUGCAGACAUCAUUGGCAAUCCGAUCGGACUUGUGGAAGAUCUGGGUUCUGGUGUGGUGGAGUUUCUCAAAAUUACAAAGGGCGAGUUGAUCGGUGGUGCCCAUACGCGCGGUGAAGGAGUAAAGGUAUUGGGUAAAACGAUUGUGAAAUCAGGUGCAUCUUCGGUCGCGAAAAUUACGGGCUCGCUGGAUAAGUUUGUGGGUGAGUUUGCAGAUGGCAAUACAGGCGACGCAUCUCGUGGUGAUGGUGCGAGUUCGACUGACAACGCUGGCCUCAAGUUUGCGAAAGACCUCGGCCGCGGAUUCACUGGCAUAUUCACGAAGCCUGUCGAGGGCGCUAUGAAGGGUGGCGUAACUGGACUUGUGCAGGGAACAGUGCAAGGCAUUACAGGUCCUGGCGUUGUCUUGCUCAAGGGUUUGACAUCGACGUCUCACAGCCUUGCACUGGGCGUCCGAUCCACAGUUGUGGAUCGCUCGCUCCCCAUUUGGCGGCCGCCGCCGAAAUCCGAAACGUGUGGAAAAGGGCCGACUGUGCGAAUCGAUGGUGUGGAUGUAAUGAAAACGGCAGUGGUCUACAACACGGUGAACCCGGUGUGGCGAGAGAGCAUGCAGCUCGCCCUAACGGGCGGAGAGGACGAGGUGCAAUUCGUGGUGAAGGACUCGUACGGUGGCACUGUAGCCAAGACAAUCGGCAAAUGCAUUUUGAGUAUGGCGCAGCUGCAAGAUGAUUUCAAGCCGCCUGAGUACUCAUCGGAUCUUGCGCAAUGGGUUCAUACGCAGGUAAAACCCGGAAACACGAAGAAGAACGUAAGCCACGUCAUUGACGAGAAGGAUUAUUCCUUGGUGAUGCUGAACAGGAAAAAGUCGAAGAAGAAGAGCCAUGCAGCGUCUCUGGGAGACGAGGCGCACCAGGUCCUCGUAACGGUUGUGUCAUUGAGAGACAUGGUCGUCACUAGCUCGACUGGUAGCGGCAUGCUUGGAUUCGGCAACUUGGGCAGUAGCACGCCCAAUAUUUCGCCAAUCAAAAAGAAGGAGCAAGUGGGCCACGCGUCGUGGGAAGAGAGCUUUACGUUUCCGCUGACAGCUAAGGAGCUCAGUCGUGGCGGUGCGGGCUCGAAGCUGACUGUUUCGCUGAAGGACAAGAGUAUGAUUGUCGACGCAAGACUCGGGUCGGCAUCUAUGGACAUUGACGCGAGGACUCAUGCGACAGAAGAGAUGGUACUAAAAGACGAGUCCGGCAAGCCGAUAGGAUACCUCACGGUGAAGGUAGAGGUCACCAGCUCAGCUACAUCGUCUCGCUCGCUGUCGUUUCAAUCGAUCGAGUCCGUUGGCGAUAUGGCGUUCUUGCCGUCAGACGCAGUCAAGGCUGGCACCAUCCGCGUAUCGUGCAAGUUCGAGUAA